AUGAAUUACAACAACAACUCAAUCUUUUUCAAUCCAGAUACUCCACAAGAAAUAUGUCCUUCUAUCUGGUUAGGACCUUAUAACUCAUUAUUAGAUCAUGAAUAUAUGUUAAGAAACAAUAUUAAGAUUAUUAUCAAUUGUGGAUCUACAUUAAAAUUCCUUGAUUUAAUUGAAAAUAGCAGAGAUGUACAAAUAUCAUCAGAUGUAAUUUUAUUAAGUCUUGAUCCUGCUUUUGAUUGUCAACAUGAAUUGGUUUAUAAAUUCAAUCGGAAAUUCAAUCGAAUUUUACAAAAUUAUUUGGAUUCAUUUUAUAAGAAUAAUCCAAAGGCAUCAAAUUCAAUGUAUCAAUUACCUCAUCUGUCAAUUGAUUUAACAACACCAAUUAUAUCUGGAAGUAAUUUAAAAUUACAAUUUUUUAAUUUGGUUCGAUUAAUGUCUUUAUUUAAAGUUAUUAAUUUAGAUUUACAAAUAUUGGUUGUAUCUGAAGAUGGUAAUAAGAAUUUAUCUACCGGAUUGAUAAUUGCUUAUUUAAUGGAUUGUUACAGAUAUAAUUUACCUAAUUCAUUUAGAUUGAUUCAAAGUAGAAGACCAAGUAUUCAUGAAUUAAACAAUAAUUAUUAUGAAGAUUUAUUAAUUAUUGAAAAUUUAAAGAAAUUUUAUAUUGAGAAUUGUGAAAUUAAACAACAGAGUAAUCCAAUCCUAACUAACAACUAUAAAUUAAAAAGAUCAAAUGAUUCCGCUGAUACUCCUGAUGAAGAUGAAAUGAUUGAUGAAAUUCUCGUUGGUGGUGGCGAUAGAAAAAGACGAUUUGUUCAUUGA